AAACUCAAAUUCUAUAUUCCAAACGAUGUCAACUUUUGUUUCGUCUACGGAAAUGAAAAUCACAUCAACAUUACCAAAAACUAUGUAACAAACAAUAAUCAAUACAAAAUAUAAAUUCUUUGUGUUAAAUAUUUGCCCGAUCCUGUUUAAAAAAAUGUACGCAUCGCCACUUAGAUGCUGCAGUGCCAUUAAAAAUAAUACUGGUGUGCUUGCCCUCAACAACAGUAACUUGAGUUUGGGAAAAAUUGUAAAUAACAUCGGUCGAAGGGCUUAUGCCAAAGGCAAAGAAUCUAACACGGAUUGCUGCAAGGAAAUUGACCAGAUCAAGGGGAAGAAACUGACAGAAUGGCCCAAGCCUGAUAAGAUUGAUCCUGAGCCGACGCCAUGGCGCCCAGAAUGUCCCAGCUACCCACAACCGACCAACUACGAUCCUUAUAAAAUAAAGGUGCCAGAUAUACAGGUUCCCCCUCAGCCGCCGAGUAAUGCCAAGCCCAUGCUCGAUUGCACAAAAACAAAAGGACCCUGUUCUGUAUUACCGCCGCCUGACCCACCCCCUUGUCCCCUACCACCCCCCAAGCCCUUUCCUUGGAUCUAUGUAUGGGCAAUGGGAUCAUUCUUCACUAUCAUGGGACUGCUGUACAGACUGUACCGCUGGAAAGAAGAAUACGACAAGAAAAGCGAUUCCAAACCAAUCUGGCGGCCUCGUAGGGUCAUUAAGCGACCGUACCAUGACAAGGACUUGCCAGCGUGUGUCCAGUACCUCAUCAUCGGCACCGGUGCAGCGGGAUGGGCCGCAUACAGGGCUAUACAGGAACAUGACAAGACUGCUAAGGUGUUCUUCAUAACGAAAGAAGAUAUAUUGCCGUACUCCAGGCCGCCGAUGUCCAAAAACAUGUGGUGGAACGCGGAUCCACCUGACCUGAAGACCCUAAAUUAUGUUGAGAAUUUCAAGAGGAAAACCAUGUACUAUUCAGAGUGUAGGAACUUCAUGGACCCUGUAAAAUUUUACCGCAAGAAGACCGGACCAGCGGUGUCGAUCGCGUCCGGUUGGACCGUGUCGCGGGUGGACGCGGACGACCACGUUGUCUAUGUCCGGACCAUGUGCGGCGAACAGCCGAUAUACUAUGAGAGGGCUUUGCUUGCUACAGGUUCAAAGCCCAAGAAUUUGGAGAUGUUCUGUUCGGCGCCCAAAGAAGUUCGAGAUAAGGUGCAGUUGUUCCGAACCAUCAGAGAUCUGGAGUUGGCUUACCGCCGCGUCAAGGAGGCCAAGCAUGUAACCAUCGUAGGCGGAGGGGUUUUGGGCUGCGAACUGGCUUGGCAUCUAGGAAGGAUGAAUACAGUCGUAGAGCGUCCUCCAGAAACGCCACCCAUAGAGUUCGUACAUAUGUACAAGGGCAAAGGAGUGUUGUCCAACUUUAUACCGGAGUACCUGGGCGAGUGGGCCGCUGAGAAGAUUAAAUGUGAGGGGGUCACCACGAUGCCACAGACUCAAAUAUAUGACGCAUUCAUAACGCCUGACAAACGUCUGGAACUUACUCUUUCCAACGGAACCUCCUUAGUUACUGAUUACGUGCUGCUGGCGAUAGGUGCUGAACCCAGGGUGGAAAUGGCGGGAAGGUCGUUCUUGGAGACAGACGCGAUCAACGGGGGCUUUAUUGUCAACACUGAAAUGGAAGCCAGGACACAUCUCUAUGUUGCUGGAGACGUGGCAAGCCUGUACUCCCAAUGGAAGGACACACGCAUACGCAUGGAACAUUACGACAACGCGGAGGAGCAGGGUUACAUUGCCGGCGCCAACAUGACUGGUUACUGGACCCCGGCCAACAUGGAGCCUCAUUACUUUCUCGAACUGGGCGAGGCGUUAAACGUGGAGGUGGUAGGCGAAGUGGGCGCGUGCAUGCCCACCGUAGCGCUGUUCAAGCCGUGUGAAGAAGACGACGAAGCGCCCCCGCCCAACGCCGGCGACGGCGACAGACAGUGCUACAAACAGAGUAAGACGUACGAGCGCCGGUACAAGCGCGGUCUACUGUUCUACUUGCGAGACGAGACUGUAGUCGGCUUCACCUUCUGGAACAUGACCCAUCCAAUCGAUGACAGAAAGAUGGUCGCCACUGAGCUCCUUCGCGCGAAGCCGUCGUACAAGGACAUAAACUUGCUCGCCGAGCUGCUCGGCUUCCACGACGCCAAGUGCGAGUACCCGACCGAAGCAGAACUUAUUGAGAUUGGGCCCUGCAUUAAGAAUUGGCGAGUAUUUUGAAAAUCAGAUGCUGUGACCUGAAUCACAAAUCGCGUUUGAAAUCACGUUGAAGUCUUUGUAAAUCCUCAAGUUUUAGACGUGUGGAGGUUGAAGUUGUGUUUUAAUAAAAAAAUUGAAAGGUUUU